GACGGCAUCCAGGCGGACAAAGAGAAGAUCAUCGAGAGCCGCAGCUUGUGCGAGAGGGCUGGCGACUACAAGGUUGGGAUAUCGUCGCGCCCCAAGAAGGCCAACGGGGGCUGGGAGGUCCACAUCCAGUGCAGGGGUGCCCAGAAGUGGUCCAAGCUCUCCUCCGGCAUGGACCCGAUAGGUGAUGGCUCUCUUGAGGCGGCGGUCGUGCACGCGAACGGGAUGGCCAAGAAGAUGCACGAGGCGUCGGAGCACGACCACGACCACGAGGCCGUCGGCGACACCCAGGUUGAGAGGGACGAGGAGGUCCCCGACGCUGAUAUGGCCAAGAUCCUCGACGGCGGCGGGCCCCUCGAAGCUGAGAUGGCCAAGAUCCUCGAGAACGAGGGCUGCGACGGCGACAACGGCAGCCAGAAGACGACGGACGCGGGGGAGACAGUGGUCGGCGACGACAUCGAGGUGGAGAACAACCUCGACAAGCCUGAGAAGCGGCGCCGCAUGACGGAGCCGCUCGACGACGCGCAAGGGGAUGGUCAUUUCGGCGCUUGA